GACACUGGAGCUGGCACAGGAGGCGGAGAGAGCUGGUGUCCAGCCACCGCCUCUCCGAGAGCGCACACUGACCAGGAUGUCAGACAAGCUCAAGGAACGCAAAAGAACCCCCGUGUCCCACAAAGUGAUAGAAAAGCGGAGGAGGGAUCGGAUUAACCGCUGCUUGAACGAGCUGGGCAAGACGGUGCCCAUGGCCCUGGCGAAACAGAGUUCCGGGAAGCUGGAGAAGGCAGAGAUCCUUGAGAUGACUGUUCAGUACCUGAGAGCCCUGCACUCCGCUGAUUUUCCCCGGGGACGGGAGAAAGCAGAACUUCUAGCGGAGUUUGCAAACUACUUCCACUAUGGCUACCACGAGUGCAUGAAGAACCUGGUACAUUACCUCACCACCGUGGAGCGGAUGGAAACCAAGGACACCAAGUACGCGCGCAUCCUGGCUUUCUUGCAGUCCAAAGCUUGCCUGGGCGCCGAGCCCGCCUUUCAACCCCUGAGUUCGCUCCCGGAGCCGGAUUUCUCCUAUCAGCUCCAUCCCGCCGGGCCGGAGUUCGCCAGCCACAGCCCAAGCGAAGCCUCCGCCUACGCGCAGGGCGCAGCCCCAGGGCACUUCUCCUGGCCGCCGAGCGCGGGUCGCAGCCAGACGCUGCCCUACCUGCCGGGCGCACCCGUGCCGCUGCCAAGCCCCGCGCAGCAGCAUAGCCCUUUCCUGGCGCCGGUGCAGGGCCUGGACCGGCAUUACCUCAACCUGAUCGGCCACGCCCACCCCAACGCCCUAAACCUGCACACGCCCCAGCACCCCCCCGUGCUCUGACGCUCUGGAGCCCACCAGACUUC